CUCUUGUGAAAGCAAUUCCUAGCAGUAAACACACUCCCCUGCAGAUCAGAACUGCCAUGGAGGUGUAACCCUUUUCGCAUUAUUUCUUUUUUUUUUUCGCAGAUUGUUUUCAGCGACAUUGUUAGCAGUUGCACAGUAGUGGAAAACAUGUGGAUCCAGGUUCGGACCAUAGACGGCAAAGAGACCCGAACCAUAGACGAUCUAUCUAGAUUAACGAAAAUUGAAUGUUUAAGGUUGAAAAUCCACGAAAGCUUCAACGUGAGCCCUGAACAACAGAGACUGUUUUACAGGGGAAAACAGAUGGAAGAUGGGCAGACUCUGUUUGACUACAAUGUGGGACUCAAUGACAUUGUGCAGCUGCUGAUCCGCUCGCAGGCAGACCCUCCCGACUCUAAAGGCAAGAAGAAAGACGAAGUCAGCGUCGGCGGCUCCAGUUCCGGCAACAAGAAAUCCUUGAAUCCGCUGUCAGACAAUCAGCCCUCCACCUCCACUCGCACGUUCCUCAUCGACCCUGGCAUCGGCAUGUACAAGAUAAAUGAGCUGGUGGACUGUCGGGAUGUGAGCAUUGGGGCCUGGUUUGAAGCCAGCAUAGAAAAUGUGACUAGAGCCACAAAGGGACAUAAUGGCAAGGCUUCAGCUAAAAGUUCAAAAAUGAGCAAAAGGACUAACGGAAAGCUGGAAAUAGACCAAAACCAUUCAUCCCAGGACAGUAAUGGGAAAUCCUCUUUUAUCUUGGAUAGUGCACCUUCCACCUCUUACACGGACUGCUUGGACAAUGAGGACGAUGUUAUUUAUCAUAUCAAAUAUGACGACUAUCCUGAAAAUGGUGUUGUUGAAAUGUGUGCUGAUGACGUUCGGGCCCGUGCACGAACCCUGUUAAAAUGGGAUCACCUUCGGGUUGGCCAGAUGGUCAUGGUGAACUACAACAUUGAGGUUCCAGAAGAGCGAGGCUUCUGGUUCGAUGCAGAAAUCACCUCUUUGAAAGAGAUCUCGAGAACAAAUAAGGAAGUCAGAGUGAAAAUCCUUUUAGGGGGCCCAGAGGAUGUGAUUAAUGACUGCAAGCUCAUCUUUUUGGAGGAGAUCUACAAGAUAGAGAAACCAGGGGCACCUCCACUGACUUCUGCAGACGGGCAGUUUAAACGGAAAAGCGGGCCGGAGUGCAAGCACUGCAAGGCGGACCCUGACUCGGAGUGCCGGUUCUGCUCCUGCUGCGUGUGUGGCGGGAAGCAGGACGCCCACAUGCAGCUGCUGUGCGAUGAGUGCAACAUGGCUUUUCACAUCUACUGUCUCAAUCCACCGCUCAGCAGGAUCCCCGAGGACGAGGACUGGUACUGCCCCACUUGCAAAAAUGACACCAGUGAGGUUGUGAAAGCAGGAGAGAAAUUAAAGCAGAGUAAAAAGAAGGCCAAGAUGCCGUCUGCGCACACUGAAAGCCAGCGAGACUGGGGCAAGGGAAUGGCCUGCGUGGGCCGUACGAAGGAAUGCACAAUUGUACCUUCUAACCACUAUGGACCUAUCCCUGGCAUCCCAGUCGGAACAACAUGGAAGUUCAGAGUGCAGGUGAGUGAAGUGGGAGUCCACAGACCGCACGUGGGAGGAAUCCAUGGCCGCAGUAAUGACGGAUCCUAUUCACUAGUGUUGGCUGGAGGGUUUGAAGAUGAAGUGGACAGGGGAGAUGAAUUUACCUACACUGGGAGUGGAGGUCGAGAUCUCUCUGGUAACAAACGCAUUGGGGAGCAUUCCUUUGACCAAACACUGACCCACAUGAACAGGGCGCUGGCACUCAAUUGUGAUGCACCUCUGAAUGACAAGGACGGAGCGGAGUCCAGGAACUGGCGGGCUGGCAAGCCUGUCCGCGUGGUCCGGAGCUCCAAGGGGCGCCGCAUCAGCAAGUAUGCUCCCGAAGAGGGCAAUCGAUACGAUGGAAUUUACAAGGUGGUGAAAUACUGGCCAGAAAUUGGGAAGUGUGGUUUCUUGGUUUGGCGUUACUUGCUGAGACGUGAUGAUUUGGAGCCAGCGCCUUGGACGCCAGAAGGGCUGGAGAGGACAAAUAAACUUGGCCUGUCAGUGCAGUAUCCAGAGGGAUAUCUGGAAGCAAUGGCUAAUAAGGUGAAAAAAGACAGGACUAAGAGGAAUUCUGGGAAACAAGAGAAGAAGGAGAAAGGAGAGAAACAAGUGGAGGAGAAGAUGAAAAAGAAGGAAGAGGAGGAGGAGGAGGAGAAGGAGGAGGAAGAGAAGGAAGAGAAGAAGGAGGAGGAUGAUGAGGAAGAGGAGGAGGAAGAGGAGGAGGAGGAGGUGGAGGAGGAGGAAGUGGUGAAACUGGAACCUGAAGCCCAGAGCAACGGCAGCCGGAAGAGACCUCAGGAAAAAGUUAUACAGGAAGAUGAAAUCCCAGCUAAGACCACGAAGCUGACAGACAAGGGGGAAGCCUUCCAGCUUUCUCCACAGCAGCAGUGGCUCAUCAAAGAGGACUGUCUCAACAAGAAGCUGUGGGACGAGGCACUCUGCUGUCUCACUGAGGGACCGAGCUUCCUGAGGAAGGUGGAAGAGAUCUUCAUGUGUGUGUGUUGCCACGAGUUGGUUUUCCAGCCUGUCACAACAGAGUGUCUUCACAAUGUUUGCAAGACUUGUUUGCAGAGGUCUUUUCGUGCAGAGGUGUACACCUGCCCAGCCUGCCGCCAUGACCUGGGCAAGGAUUACAUCAUGGUCCUCAACAAGAUCCUCCAGACCCUGCUGGACCAGUUCUUCCCUGGCUACAGCAAAGGGCGAUGAGAUAAACAAUCACAAGAGACCACCGUGCUCAACCAGAACCUUGUAAAGGUUGCUAGUUUUCCUCCUCCUCCUUCUAACCAGGCAGAUCUGUCAGCAGCCUGGCAGGACAUUCCCACAGAGGAAACUAGAUUCUCAUACCAAACAAAUCCACCAUCGUUAUCUCUCUCUGUCCUUGACCUGUAUCCAAGGUAGUUGCUGCCAACUGAACUGUAUAGUCUAGGAGCCAGUUUCAAAAAGAGCCUUGUUUUCAAGUUGGUUGUACCCCAAUUACAGAAAAGGUUUGUCAGUUGUAUCUAAAACACUGAUGGGUGAUGAUAAUUUUUAGCUUGGGUGUCAUUCUGUAAUAAAUUGCCAAAUGUUAUUUUUCAGCAGGGGAACUUGUGUAUUUUUAUAAAUCAGCUGCUGCGGCCGUUUCUUCAAUAGCUCACAAAAUAUAACCAAUUUGUGAUGCUGUCUGUAUUUUUUCUGUUUAUGGUACUCACCUUGGGAAAAAUAUAACAUUACCUUUCACUUUGACCUGUGACCUAAUAUGACUUCCAUAUUGGGGUCAUGUGACUCUCUUGUUUCCAGAUAAUAUGAGCAAACUCUUUGAGAUACUGGCUUCAUAUUUGGUACAUAUCUUUAUUCCAAGCUCAAGUUCAAUCAUUGAUGUCACUUUGUAAAACAGCAAGAGAGAAAGCCAGUCAGCUGGAAUUUUGUUUGUUUGGCCCACUUCAAUUAGCUGUGAGCUGGAAAAGUAUUUAAAUGUGUAUAUAUAUAUAUGCAUGCAAUUGAUAGUGCUAGUGUGCAGCUGUUUAAAUUUUGAAUUGUUGUGGUUUUUGAAUCCAUGACUGCUAAAAAGAUCUUUGGGCAUGUCUGGUCCUUUUUUGUUGAGUUCAGUUGUAGAGUACAGAAUAUACUUAACUGUUGUUUUCAAACACAAUAUUCCGUAAAGCCAGGAGUGUUCACAGGUAUUCGUUUUUUGUACGUUUUGUGGGAGCAAAAUCCAAGCUUAAAAACGAAUCAAAAAAAAAAUGGAUGAACAUGCCCUCAUUUUUAUUGUGUGAAUUUUCAUUUUGGUAGAGCCUUCUGAAUAUCAGUUUGUGUCCUGUAUAGUGCAAGGACAAAUAUCCAAACAUUUAAAAAAAAAAAAUUUUAACACAUGUAUUUGAAGGCAAAAAAAAAAAGUCUGUGUCAGAAAUGAGAAGCUCGUGUCACAACGUGUUUUGCAAUUUGCCAGAAGUUGCGUGACAGUUUGUAAAUUAGCAAGAGAAAAAAUAGCGCUCUUUAUAUAUAGAUAUAUAUAUAU